AUGGGCACUGACUUCACGCACAGCUUUGCAGUCGGAUGGGGCUACGUAGCACCUGGUGUCGUGUCGAGCACGGCGACGAAAUGGUACGGCAUCUCAUUCCAAGAACUCAACAACCUCAGCAUCGUCUCUUCACUGGUCUUCCUCAUCCCAGCACCUUUCACAAUCUGGACUCUAAACCGCUAUGGUCCUAAGAUGUGUAUCAUCAUCGCCUGCGUGUUGACGGUGAUCGGAAACUGGGUCAUAUUUGCCGGAGCAGCAACGAAGAACUUCCCCGUCAACAUCGCCGGAAAUGUCAUCCACUCCUUAGCUUCACCAUUCAUCAUAGCGUCACCCACGAGAUAUAGUCGACAGUGGUUCGGUGACAAAGGCAGAACACUAGCCACCGCCCUUCCAUAUCAUGAUAAUAUUGCUCGUGGCUGA